UUCUCUGUCCUGCUGGCAGUUUUCUGUUAUUGAAAGAGAACAACAGCAUGGGGGAAGCCGAGGUUGUUCCAGCCGACGAAAAACAGGCGGACUCGGGGAUCAGUCACAUCGAAGAAUCGGUGGUAUGGAGUCAAGAAGUCGAGGUGUGCCUGUUCCAUGCAAUGCUAGGUCACAAACCCGUAGGGGUAAAUCGUCACUUUCACAUGAUCUGCAUCCGGGAUAAAUUCAGCCAGAAUAUUGGGAGGCAAGUGUCAUCAAAGGUGAUCUGGGACCACCUGGGAACUAUGUAUGACAUGUCAGCCUUGCAUGAGUCUGAAAUAUUGCCGUUUCCCAACUCAGAGAAGAGCUUCAAUCUUCCAGACGAGAUUAUUCAACAAGUAAAAGAAGGUAAACUGGUAUCCGAGGACGACGUGAAAGACGAUUUCAAAGAAGAACGAGACCCCCCAGCCAUGCAUGAAGAAGGCAGCAACUCCUCAGUGAAGAUGACAGAGAGGGUAGGCAGCAAAGACAAGGACAGAGAAAGAGACCGAGAGAAGGGUUCCGCUGAGGGCGGCCCGGGGAAGGAGGCAGCAGACAAGAGGAAGAGGAACCGUGCCACUGAGAAGGUGCUCAACUCCAGCAGCAACCCCUCCAGCCCCGGUGGAGCCAAGCGGAGAAGGACGUAGGCCAAGCCACCAGGAGGCGCCCUCGAGAUAUCAUCCACUGCAGAGAGCAGGAGACACCAGGGAGAGGAGGAGAGACCUGGGACUGGAGAGACUAAUCUGUGAAGCCUGGAGGGAAGAGGAGGGAGACAAUGACAGGAGAGUGACAUUUUAAUAGUAAUAGAUUAUAGAGCUACUUGGACAAUGCUUAAUUUGUGGACAGGUAUCCAGGAUACCUCAUGAAGAACUUUUAAGCCCACAGAAGCUGCAAUUUUAGUAUGUUGUGUUUUCUCAGAACAACUAGAAAGAUGUAGCAUUCCCUGUUGCCACACAAUCUCUGAAAGCCACACCGCAAAAGCAGUGUGAUGACUACAACACUGAAUCGUAUCGGUCAUGAUGAUCAAUACACUGUCACAGCAUCUGGUAUAUUUGGACCAUCCCGUCCCACCAGUCCUCAGCUGUGCUGUGGAUCAGAGGCCAGCAUGACAGUUUACUAAUAUUGACACAAUUCAAGCUGACGCAUAUCAAUGCUUCUGCAUUGAUGUCAGAAUAAGUGUAAUGGUACUAGUGCUUGUGUUAUGUGAAGUUCUCUUGUUUGGCCUCGGAGAAAUGCUGGACUACUAAAUCCCAUCAAUACACUGUAUGUGACUGGCUGGACGCUUGCAUUAAUUCAUUGUCAUUUUGUUUAGUUCUGAACUCUUACAAGUGGUUAUAAACAAAUGUAUAGAGCUACUCAUGGUAGUGUAUCUCAUCCACCUCUUCCAGUGACUGCCAACCAGAUGGUCAUUGUGCCUCCUUAUGUCUGUAUAAACUGUAGUUGCCAGUGGUGCAAAAUGUUGGUAAUUUUCCUUCUUUUUUUCCCACAGUCAUUAUUUGAUGUAAUUUUGUCCUUGGGGAUUAUUAAAUCAGCAUGUUUUGGUAAUUGCUUCAAAUCAUUUUUUUUGUCUGUCUCAAUGACUGACUUCUCAGAAUCAAAUAAAACAAUGUGUAGCUGUAGUCUCCAUCCAUGUGAGAUAUGUUAUUUUGUUUGUCUAUUUAUUUGACAUGCUCCAUUUUAAGGCAUUAAAUGUGAGUUUGGACUAA